UCUUUAUUUUCUUGUUUUCUGGCUGCUGCCUGCUGCAAUUUCCCUCCUUAUACUACAGCCGGCCGCGGCCUGCUUUAUGUAAAUUGAUUAUUAGGCCUUUCCCUCCAAAUUUAACAAGUCAACUUACCAAACUUUAUCGUACACAAAUUCCCUUUUAUUGGGCAGUCAAUUUAUACGAUUUGCAUCGCAGCCCGAAAUCUCUAAAAUAUCAUUCAUAAGUGAUCUGGAAAGUGAAUAUGGAAGAGAAGUGUGAAAUUGCGAAAGAUGUGACUGAACUAAUAGGUAACACCCCAAUGGUUUAUCUGAACAACGUUGUAGAUGGUUGCGUCGCUCGUGUUGCUGCAAAACUGGAGACGAUGGAACCCUGCUCAAGUGUGAAAGACAGGAUUGCAUAUAGCAUGAUCAAAGAUGCCGAAGAAAAGGGUCAAAUUUCCCCUGGGAAGACGGUCCUCGUUGAAGUCACCAGUGGUAAUACAGGCAUCGGUCUUGCGUGCAUUGCUGCAGCUAAGGGCUAUAAACUCAUUGUAGUUAUGCCACAUACAUAUAGUCUCGAGAGAAGGAUUAUUCUCCUAGCAUUUGGAGCUGAUUUGUGCAUUGUAGAUGCAGCCAAGGGCAUAGAUUUUAUUCUUCAGAAGGCUCUAGAGAUAGUGGAAAAGACGCCCAAUAGUUUUUUUCUUAAACAAUUUGAGAAUCCUGCCAAUCCGGAGAUUCACUAUCAAACUACUGGACCAGAAAUAUGGGAGGGUUCUGAAGGUAAAGUGGAUGCAUUUGUUGCUGGAAUUGGGACGGGAGGAACAGUCACUGGUGUAGGGAAGUUCCUCAAGGAGAAGAAUCCAAAGAUAAAGGUAUAUGGUAUAGAACCUGCCGAAAGUGCAAUUUUAAAUGGUGGAAAACCAGGACCACAUAAGAUCCAAGGCAUUGGUGCUGGUUUCAUUCCUCCUGUUCUGGAUGUCAACAUUCUUGAUGAAGUAAUUCAAGUUACUAGUGAAGAAGCCGUUGAAAUGACAAAAUGUCUUGCAUUGAAGGAAGGCUUGCUGGUGGGUAUUUCAUCUGGUGCAGCAGCAGCAGCUGCAGUUACAUUAGCAAAGAGGGUCGAAAAUGCUGGAAAACUCAUUGUUGUCGUUUUUCCGAGCUUUGGGGAACGUUAUCUUUCGACCGUGCUGUUUGAUUCCUUGCGGGAAGAGGCAGAGAACAUGACAUUUGAUUAAAAGUUGUCAGAUACCAACAAUUAUUCCUAAGUUGGAUUAUAAUUUUCUUUCUUAUUACUUAUUCCUGGUGGGGGCGUUUGGCUUUGAUCCCUACCCCAUCUAUUGAUAGUAGAAACUUGAAAACGUAGGGACAAAGAGGCGGAAAGUUCCACGUUAUUUCAUAGUUUACACUAAGAGGGGAAGAAUCCUUUGCAUUGUAAUGGGAGGUGAACCUUAAAUCCAUUACCUUUCUUAAUAAAAUUGUAUUAAUGAUUGUUAGUA